AUGCUAUUCACCUCGGGCACCAUCGAUAAGGAGUCCCAAUAUAUCAGAACGCACGCUAUCCUUCGAGCUCAUCAUCGAUCUAUGAUGGCUUCCAUGUCGAAACUCGUACUUUCUGCCCAACUCAGCGUGGAUAAUGCCAACGAUAAUAUCAGUAAAAUGCUUUCAGAAUCAAACGAACUCUUGGUUGCUGUUCGUAAUUUCGUCAUCACAUGUCAGGAUAUUCCCAUUCCUGUUCAACAUAUCGAUCCUCGGUUACUCGACUCAUCCGAAGCCGCAGAGAAAACAGCAAAGAUUGAAUCACUCGCGGCCGCUGAUGGCUCGCGAGCCCAGUACGCUCUGCAGAAUGAUUUGGCCGACAAUCUCGAAGCUUACGGCACGAGCAUGCAAGAAUCGGUCGACUCUAUUAUUGGCAGCAUCAAGUCGGAUCAAUAUCAAAAUAAUACCUCGUUCUCGCUAUCUGCUUUGCUUUUCACACAAUUCCGUAACUUGUCCAACCAAACCGGACAAUUCCUUGGGAUCGUAGAAGAUAUUGACUUUGACGGUGUCAGCAGUUCGCCUCUAUUAAGCGAACUGUACGCCUGCAAGCAGCGACUGUCGGACGGCGUAGGACUUCUUUUCUAUCAGAUGCAGACCUUAACCGACGAAUCAACUUCGAUACAGUCCAACGUGGCUGCUAUGGAAAAGGCUGCUAGACAUUAUGUUAAAAACCUUGUGGCCGAACGUAAAACUAUCUUGGAACAGUCUAAUGCAACGGCGAAAACAACACAAUCUGACGCCCACAAUUCGGACACCAUCAGAAACACUGCAAUCGAAGAAGAAGAUGAAACUGAUGAACUUGGAAAAAGCUCGGUUCUUGACAGAUUCAGCACUGAUGCCGAGACAGUCGUCGGUACUCAAACUGACCCACUAGAGUCGUCCGUCGAUAAUGCUGCCACGGCUGAUGGGCGUUCUUCUGUCCAGUCUUUGGACAUCGAGAAGCGAGAUCAAACUGCCAACUCUCCAUCAAGCCGCAGUGGUACUGUCGUGGCAUCACCAUCUAGCGAACAGCGGUCACCGACGACACCUGAUGGCCCAUCAAAAACAACCGCAAAACUGAAGAAAUUCUUCGGGGAUGAUGCACCUGCUGCGGUUGCAGCAGCCACUAAACCUACGAGCAAGGAACGGCCGUGGUUUUUGCAGUAUGAUUACGAUCCGAGUGAAAUUGUAUUCAAUAUGGAAGGUUAUGUCAAAGGCGGCACCUUACCUGCUCUUGUUGAGCGCCUUACGAUGCAUGAUUAUCUUGACAUGAAUUUCAUCAACACCUUCCUUUUGACCUAUCGAUCGUUUGCCACCUCAGUGGAACUGUUGGAAUUAUUAGAGCAACGUUACAACAUUGUCCCGCCACCUAAUCUGACAGACGAGGAAAUGGAAACAUGGACCCAAAAGAAGCUCAAGCUGGUCAGAUUGCGUGUAUUCAACGUCCUGAAGAACUGGCUUGAAUUGUAUUACAACGAAGAAGACCACGUUAUCCUCGAUCGGUUAACGGAAUUCACAAAUACGACGAUUCGGCACAGUUUAAGUUUCUCCUGCGACCAGUUGGAACGACUGAUUCGCAAGCGACAGGAAGCAGAAACUCAAGGAGGGCUAAAGAAGAUGGUGUUAACUCUACCCGACCCUCCAGAACCCAUUUUGCCCCGCAAUCGCAGAAAGUUCCGUCUCUUGGAUAUUGAUCCAUUGGAAAUGGCGCGUCAAUUGACCAUUAUGGAUUUUAAACUCUACAGCUCUAUCCGGCCCGUGGAGUGCUUGGAUAAAUCAUGGUCGCGCGAUGCAAAUGACGAAAAGGGCAGUGUGGCAGUGAAUAUUCGAGCUUCCAUUGAAUAUUGUAACCAGGUGACUUCUUGGGUGUCCGAUGCAAUUCUGAGUCAGAGCGAAAUCAAAAAACGAAGCAACUUGAUCAAGUACUGGGUACAAGUAGCCGAGAAAUGUCGUCUUUUGAACAACUUUAAUACGUGCAUGGCUAUCUUGUCAGCGUUUGAUAAUAGUUCGGUCGGUCGGUUGAAGCGAACAUGGGAGAUGGUUGGCGCGCGGACAAACCAAACGUUGGGCAACAUUCGUAAAUUGAUGGGAGCCAAUCGUAAUUUCACUGAAUAUCGUGCUAUUAUUCAUUCCAUCAAUCCACCUUGUAUCCCAUUCCUGGGUAUUUAUCUGCAAGAUUUGACCUUUAUCGAGGACGGCAACACGAACUACCUGAAAAAAUCGAAACAACUGAUCAAUUUUGCUAAGCGAGCAAAAACAGCCGAAGUCAUUCGCGAGAUUCAACAGUACCAAUCAUCGUUAUACCAGUUGAAAUCCGUAGAAGAGUUGCAGGCAUUUAUUCAAGCAAAUCUCCAAAGUACUCGUGACGAAGAGCAGCUGUACAAGGAAAGCUUAAAGUUAGAGCCUAGAGAGCGUGAAGAUGAAAAGAUUACUCGUCUUUUGCAGGAAUCUGGAUUCUUGUAA